UAAUCCAUGUGGGACAUAUAUAAAACUGCACACUGUGAGGAAGCUCAACAGAUACACUAUCAUCACAUCAUCUACAUCUCCAGUAGAAGAAGAUCGUUAACUGCAAGGGAAUCAUGAGUAUGUUUAAACUCACGACCCUCCUUCUUGGCUAUGCUCUAAUUUUUUGUCAGACCUCCUCAAACGCAGCACUAUCCAGCAAGGAGUCCAGGUCAGAUGGGGUCACACUACUGAACAAGGAUACUGAGACAUUACUCAGAGCUAUCAAGGAGUUCAUGCAGAUAAGCUCAGAUGAAGCGACCCAACAAGCAGCUGAUGGGGAGAGCAACUCGACAGCACAAAAACGGGCAUGCAACACGGCCACCUGUGUGACACACCGCUUGGCCGACUUUUUAAGUCGCUCAGGUGGACUUGGAUACAGCAACUUUGUCCCUACAAAUGUUGGUGCCCAGGCGUUUGGCAGAAGGAAGCGGCAUGGCCUUAUGUGAGACCAGAAACAUGCUUCCUAGAGAAUUCUUAUCUUCAGUGACAAAUUUCCAACAUCAGAAGCAUCUCCUGAAGAAGCAACCGUUCCCUCUAGAAACUAUUCUAUACCAACAUUGAUAUGUGUCUGUCUUUUAAACUACAGUAUGUUUUUGGUGUUUAGACAACAGGAAAUUCUAUGCUGCUCAGAGAGAUAAGGAAAAAGACUAAACUUUUCUGUCUUGACUUUUUCACCUGUGACUACUCACUACCAUGUGUCUAGAUAGAAAUCCUAUACUGUGAAACACAAAUGUCGGAAAAUAGUUUGUGGUUGUGUGUACCUUGUUAUAAAACUCUUCUUAGGAUUUCAUAGUGGUUGAAAUCUUUUACCUAUAGAGGAUCUAUUCAUGGAUCUAUCUGUUUGGACAAUUAUGAAUGAAA